AUGGUUUUGAAAUCGACAAGCUCCGGAAAUACAUCGGUGUAUCAGGUGUCUGGUUCCAAUAUCUCGAGAUCCCUACCGGACUGGAUCGCCAGGAAGAGGAAGAGAGCUCUCAAGAACGAUGCGGAUUAUCAGAAUAGAAUCGAGUUGAUCCAGGACUUUGAGUUCAGCGAAGCCUCAAACAAGAUCAAAGUUUCUCCAGAUGGAAAUUUUGCUAUGGCCACGGGUACCUACAAGCCGCAGAUCCAUGUUUACGACUUUUCGAAUCUUUCGCUGAAGUUCGAGAGACACACCGAUUGUGAGAACGUUGACUUCCAAAUACUGUCCGAAGAUUGGACAAAAUCCGUGCAUCUUCAGAACGAUAGGUCCAUUGAAUUUCAGGUCAAGGGUGGAAUGCACUAUAGAACGAGAAUCCCGAAAUUCGGAAGGUGUCUCACCUACAAUGAACAGAACUGUGAUCUGUAUGUGGGUGCUUCUGGUGAUGAGGUGUAUCGUUUGAAUUUGGAGUACGGAAGGUUCAUGAAACCCUUUGAGCUCGAAACAGAAAAAGGUGUAAAUGCAACAGAUAUCAACAAAGUGCAUGGGCUUUUCACUGCUGGUCUUGAAGAUGGUACCGUUGAGUUUUGGGACCCAAGGGCCAGGCAGAGAGUAGCCAAGCUGAACCUUGUGGAUGGGUACAACGUGAAUGCUGGUGACCAAGUAACGAGUGUUGCCUUCAGAAGAGACGGAUUGAAUUUUGCUUGUGGAACGUCUAACGGUAAAGCCAUCAUCUACGAUCUGCGUAACUCGCAGCCUUCUGUGAUCAAAGACCAGGGUUACGGCUACGAGGUGAAGAAAAUAGUCUGGUUGGACCAAAAUUCUUCAGGUAAUUCCGACAAGAUCAUGACCAGUGACAAGAGGAUAGCCAAAGUAUGGGAUAGGUUUGACGGAAAGCCGUUCGCGGCAAUGGAGCCCAGUGUGGAUAUCAACGAUGUUGAGUACAUCCCCGAUUCUGGAAUGUUCUUCAUGGCCAACGAGGGAAUUGCGAUGCACACAUACUAUAUUCCAGCGCUGGGACCAUCUCCACGUUGGUGUUCGUUCCUUGACAACGUUACCGAAGAACUGGAGGAGAAGCCAAGCGAGACGGUUUACUCGAACUAUCGUUUCGUCACGAAACAGGACGUUGUCAAGCUCAACAUCUCCCAUUUGGUUGGAACCAAAGUGCUCAGAUCAUACAUGCACGGUUAUUUCAUUGAUAGCGAGCUCUACGACAAGGUCAAUCUCAUUGCCAACCCCAACUCGUACCAAGACCAGAGAGACAGAGAGAUCAAGAAGAGGAUCGAGAAGGAGAGAGAAUCCAGAAUCAGGACCACUGGUGCCAGCAGCAGGACAAAAGUCAAGGUCAACAAGGAAGUUGUUGGACAAUUGCAACGGAAGCUUGGUGACGAGGCUGCUGAGAGUGCUGUUAACGAUGACCGUUUCAAGGAAAUGUUUGAGGAUCCAAUGUUCCAGAUUGACGAGGAGUCUCAUGAUUAUAAGCAAUUGAAUCCUGUCAAGACACCUGGAUCUGUGAGAAAUCUGACUGCAGCCGAGGAGUCUGACGAGGAAAAAUUCAAGCCCAAAAACGGUGACAACAGCGAGAGCGAGGAGGAAAGCGAAAGUGAGGGAGAAGACUCCGAGGAAGAAAGAGAGAGAGAGGAGCAGAAGGCGCGGGUUAAGGAUGCCAUGAAGCAGAGAAAGCUCAAGUCGCGUGAGAGACAGCUGGAAGAAGAAGCGGACAAACUAAUGGCCUCCAUGACUCCUCUUGAUGCUGCAGCAGAGAACACAGUUUCCAAGAACCACCAGCCAAAGGACAGAAGUUUCGGUGCACAGGUCUCUCGUAUGAGCAACAGAGAUGCUGCAGAGCACGAUCGCAAGAAGGAUCAGAGGCUUCGCAAAACUGCACGUGGAGAGGCUGAACUCACAUUCAUGCCCAAGCAAAAGGAGAAGCGUGCUAAGAAGGUUCAGUUUGAAGACGGCUCUGAUAACGAAGAGGCUUCACAGAGACGUGGAAAGUCCAAGCAGAUAUAUGAGGGUCGUAGAAGGGCAAGCAACAAUGCUUUUAGGGGAAUGUAG